AUGUGCCACUUUCAGGUCUCCUCACACUGCUGCUGGGUUCCAUUUUGUCAUAGGAUGCUGGCAGAUUACGGGCCUCCCAUAGCUGCUGCCAGGCCCCUAAUCUGCCAUGGGCCCCCGUACCGCCUCCUCAUGCUGCUGCCAGGUCCACAGUGUCUCAUGGGUCCCUGUACGGCCUCCCAUUGCUGCUGUCUCCAUCGCCACACUCUGCCAUGUGCCACUUUCAGGUCUCCUUACACUGCUGGUGGGUUCCAUUUUGUCAUAGGGUGCUGUAUGGCCUCCCAUUGCUGCUGCCUCUACCGCCACACUGUGGCUCCACACUCUGGUUUUGGCCCCGUGACUGCCCAAAUGAGUGAAGUGUGCGGUGAUUCUAAGAUCGACGGCACUCAUCUGCAUGUCAUACUGACUGACAGUAUUAUUUCUCUUCCCCAGCAGACUCCAAGGGCAUUUAAAUUAAAGGUACAGUGUUCUGCACUAAUAUAA